AUGGGGGAGCUGUCGCGGUUCUUCGACGUGCGCGCGCCCAUGCCGUGCAUCAUCCGGAAUCUGCCGCUGUUCCAGCGCGCUGUUGAGAGGUGGGACUGCGCGUACCUCGCGCGUCACAUGGGCAGCCAGCUCUACCACGUCUUCGCCUCCGGCGCCCAGGACCGGCGCUUCGCGUACUCCUUCGACGAGAGGAACGAGGGCGGGUACGAGCCGGCCUCGAUUGCCAAGGCCUGCAAAAUGACUUUCGCGGAGUUUGUCGAGGGGCAGCGGACACAGAAGGACGGAAACACGUAUUACUUGCAGACAGCAUUGCUGAGGUACGACGACGACAAGGAUGGUGUGAUCACGUGCGCAAGGUUUGACGAGGACAUGGAGGCUGAUCUGCGGAGCAUUGACAAUGGCAUGGUGAAGAAACUCCAGGACCUUGGCAGCUUCGGGCCCAUCUCCCGCAACCAGCUCUUCGUGAGUUUCUCGGACUACCUGACCGCGGUCCACUACGACCAGCAGCACAACCUCUUCCUCCAAUUCGUGGCUCCAAGCGCAUGCUGCUCUUCGACGCGGCCGACCUGCCCGCCCUCUACCCCUACCCGGUGCACCACCCGCUGGACAGGAAGGCCCGGCUCGACCUGGAGCGCCCCGACCUCGAGGCCUUCCCCCGAGGCCGCGCCCUGCUCGGCAGGGGCGUGGAGGCGCUGCUGGAACCCGGGGACCUGCUGUGCGGACGGCUCGCGUCGCUCCGCCCACCCGCCCUCCCCGCCCUGGAACGGAGGGGCCGGCCCCGCAGGCGCGGCCAAGCGCCCCGGAUCCAGCCGGGAGGCUCGCCCGGGAGCCGCUGCUCAGCUUCCUCUGACCUCAUCCCCUUCGGGGGGACAGCUAGGCGCCAGGCAUCUCGCACGCGUCUUCGCGCCAGGCUUUCGGGGGCGGGGCGGAUUUCUGCCAAUGAGCUGGUUCCACCACGUGCACAGCCUCGGCCCCGAGAACAUCUCGAUGAACUUCUGGUUCUACGACUCCGGGGCGCUGUUCAGCCCGGGAGGCGUCGGCUGGCCGUUGGCCGCGCCUUCGGUUGUGGAGCUCUCGCGGCACGUGGAGUAUUUCGUCGCGGAGCAGCUGGGGCCUCUGCUGGUUGGCCCCUUUAUGCAGUGGUGGCUCGGCGACGGUCACCCGCCCGAGGACGCGCUCCUGGCGGAUCGUUGGCGGCUGAUGCGGAACUACAUCCUGCGCCGCCUGUCGGGCCUGAGCUCGCGCAACGGCGGCAGGGUCCUCGCGAUGCUCGACCCACGGCGCUGGCAAGGCCUGCGCCACGCGGCGGUCGCCCCGCGGGGUGCGCUGCACGGGCUGCGCGACGAGCACCGGGCCUCAGAGCUGCUGGGCGGCCUGCCUGAGCUGGGGCUGGGCGUGUUCCGGUGCAGCAUGCCGGCGCGGGCCUACCGCCUGCUCGGGCGCGCCAUUGACGCCGUGCCCCGCGAGAAGCUCAGGGUCUUUCUAGAGUGCGCGGAGGAGGCGCUGGUGCUGGUGAAGGACGGCACGGACUGGGGCUCCGACUCCACCGGCGGGCCUGAGGCGUACGAAGGUGGGCCGCUGUUCCAGCGCGAGGAGGCGCGGCAGAUGCCCCGGCUCAUCCUGCACUGCCUCGAGGAGAUUUGCGAGCUCGCCGCUGCGCGGCGUGUCUGCGUGGAGACCGUGGACAACGGGCUGUUCGCCAACUGGCUGCAGGUCGCCGAUGCUUGCCUUUUCGCCUCCGACGCGUCCGCCGUGCAGCCUCGGGGCGGCCAACACCACAGUGGCCGCGUCUCACCGUUCCUCUGGCAUUGCUUGCCCCGGCAGCCGUGCUGGAUACUGUCUGGUCGAGAGCGGGAGUUCAACUACGGUGCCGCCGGGGAGGACCUUUUCCGCGCUCUGUUUGAGGCUCCAGAGCCGCCAGGAGCGGUGGAUGCGCCAGGGACGGCCGCCGAGGAUCACGAGGAACGACAGGGGGGGAUUGGCUCAGCGAGGAAUCAGUCGACCCCCAAUUGCCCGUUCGUUGCCGACAGGGGCCUGAUAGCCCUCCAAGCCCAGGGCCCGGAGCCGCCAGGAGCGGCGGGUGCGCAGGGGACGGCCGCCGAGGAGCGGCCCUUCGUGGUGAGGCAGCGCUACAACGUGCUGCUCGUGAACGUGUUCCGGGGCCGCUUCCUGUGCGGGCCGGGGGCCGGCCGGCGGAGGCGGCUCUACGGCGCGGCGGCGGCGAGGCUGCUGCGGCCCCGCGCCGCUGCGAGGGAGGCCUGCCGGCGGGCCGUGGCCACGAUCCGCUUCAGAGAGGGGACCGUCCUCGUGGGCGUCCACAAGCGAGUGGACAACCCCGGCACCGCGCGCAUGCAGAUCGCCCAGGUCGUUCCCUCUACGCAGGCCUACAUCUUGGCGGUGGAGCGGCUGGUGGCGCAGCGGGGCUGCGCCGAGGACUUCGCCGUCGCGCUGGCGACCGACGACGAGGCCGCGGUGCCCCUCUUCCGGGACGCGUUCGGGCACCGCCUGCUCCACCGCGAUGUGCUGCGGAGCACGGGGGGCGUGAACGAGAGGCAGCUGCCGAGGGAGGUGCACGGACAGGAGGGCCGGCUGAGCGCUGGAGACGCGCAAGACUGCUUGGUUGAUGCGAUGAUCUUGGCCGAGUGCGACGUCAUGAUACACGCGGACUCCAAUGUGACUAUAGCCGCGGGCAUCAUGAAUCCCGACAUGGAGGCUGUUCACAUAAGAGAUUUGGUGCGGGACGCAAGCCCUGGCGGCCAGUUCGAGGCUGGCCGCGGCAUCUUCGAUUGCGACGAGUACGCCGUGUAUAGCAACGAGGAGCUGGACCUUGCGCCAGGGCUGAGGUCCAGGAAGAUCGACAGCGACCUUCGGUGCGAGAAGGGCGGCGAGUUCGGCACGGCGCUGAACACCGACAUCUUCCUCGCCCUGUGGGCCAAGGUCUUGGACGAGGGCCGCUUCAUGCUGCACGGGUGGACUGCCAAAGUCGACCCGGACGCCGUCUUCCUGCCGAACAGGCUCAGGAGCCUGCUGACGCGGCACUCGGAGAGCCCCCAAGGGGCGUACCUGAACAAUUGCAAGAUGGGCAUGCACGGACCCGUGGAGGUCUUCUCCCGGAACGCCCUGCAGGCGUUCGGCCGAGGGAAGGACCACUGUCUGCAGCACUUUACAGGGCUGUGCUCGGGCCCUUGCAAGUGGGGCGAGGACAUGUUCUUGGACCAGUGCCUGUGGAAGGUGCUGAACGUCACUCGAGAGUUCGAGUGGGCUCUCCUCCAAGAGGACCACUGCGACCCGCCGCCCGGCUGGCAGGCGUGCAAUGCGCCCGGCAUAGCCGCGUUCCACCCCUUCAAGACAGUCAAGGGCUACCAGGAAUGCCUGGGCAGCGCUAGCGCUGUAGACGCCGCGUAG